AAAAUCUUAAAGAAUAUAUUAAAAUGAAUGGAUAUUUCAAUUCAUCCAAGUCACCAUUGCACGCUUUGAGUCUAAAGAAGCUUUUUCCAACCAUUUUAAUUUGCGGGAUAUUUGCUAUUUUAUUUAUGCUAUAUGAUAUUCAUUCGAUUCCCUAUAAAUUUGCACAACAUUCUGUUGGAAUAUCUCAAGAAUCGUACAGAAAUGGUGUUAAUAAAUGUAAUAUGAUAAAACGUGCCAAGCCCGAUAAUAAAUUUAUACGAACAAGUAACCCUAGAUUUGUUCCGGGAACAAAAACUAUCAUUUUGAAAAAUGGAAAGAUCUUAAAUGGAAAAGGAGAAUGUAUUUUAAGCGAUAUAAUUCUAAAAAAUGGGUUAAUUUAUGAUAUUGGACCGAAUCUCACUGAUGAGAAUUCUAUUGUAAUUGAUGUUAAAGAGAAAUUUAUUACGCCAGGACUUAUUGAUAUGCAUAG